GAAAACUACGCAUCGAUCUUUUUCAACAAAACUUGCAGGGAGAGUCUCAUUUGCCUGCGUAUUCUUACGGAAGCUUGGCUAUCUGUUCAAUGUUUUUAUUUACAUCCAAACUGAGCCAAUGCUAAAACGCUGUAUGCACCACCAUUAUUCGAGAGAGCAUCAGUAAAACAGAGACAUUAAAGGAAAUUUCUGGAAAACAAUCUCAACUGAAACUCUGAUCUUCUACAGUUGUACAUACCGGUGACUUGUGAUACAUAGCAGCCCUCCUUAUCUUCAAAAGAAAUUCAUCUCCAAAAUUAUGAGUGGUGGUCAAGAAGGUGCUUCUACAAAUUUUGAAACUCUGCCAACAUUUUACCCACCCAAUGAUACAAAUGCCAAGGAAGAUUUUGAACUGACCCAACGUGAGUUUGAACAAAUCAAAGAUGCAUUAAAACAGGAGGAAUUUCGAAAGUUGUUGGUAGAAUAUGUUGAGGAAGUCCAGGACCCAGAAAAUCAAAAGACUUAUCAAAGUGAGGUACGCCAACUUGAACGCCAGAAUGGGAAUGAGAUUCAUUUCCUGAAUCCUGUCCCUGCCUAUGUCCUUAAAACUUCCGUGGAUGGAAAUAAAAAAGGAUUCAUUAAUAUCUGCGCCAACCCUUUGAUACGAAAAGCAACGAGUCAAAAGGGGACUAAUCCGUUGGAAGGAGGGGAUGGAUUCGUAUGGUCCAUACCAUACGCACAAAGCCCACCACGUGAAGACAUUGACAAGGCUGGAGCAUUCUGCUUUGUCUACGAUGUCAUUUUCCACCCCUUUUCUUUGCGGAUGGCUGAACAAAAUUUACAGUUUCGAAAAAAAAUUGAGCAGAUAUCGAUGGAUGGAGUUGAGUCCAGUUUUAAAGUGACAUUGGACAGAAACAAUGUAAAAAAACCGAAACUUCAAUACAAAGGAAUUCCUCGUGCCACUGUUAUCAAGUACAAAAUUGGGGAAGCUCCGCCUUCCGUUGUAGACCCUGCGGCAAUUCAGGAUGAAAUACCCCCUCAACCUCUCGGCACAAACGUGACACAGACUGGAACAUCAUGCAAAAAAUUUACAUGUGCAAAAAAUUACAAAAAAGGGGACACAGAAAUGAGGAAAAAAUUUGAUUCGACUUUCAAACCCAUGAGCAAAAUUGAUAAAAUGCUGAACUUGGAUCCAGUGGUUGGUAGUGGCUUGCCAGAAGAAUGGACUGUUCCCAGAUAUUCAUACAAAUAUCGUUCGCACGUUGACCUUCAAGACUGCGCACAGGACAAUCAGCGUUCUGGAAAAAGCAGUAAACCCAUUCCGGACGAAAUAAUCAUUACAAUUGAUCUCCCUCUUCUCUCCGAUUCCUCUACAUUGGAUGCCGAUGUUCUCGAUGAUGGGUGGAAUUUUGAGCUGAAAUCCACCCGAAAAGCAAACUAUGAGUUAAAAUUACGACUACCAUUCCAAGUCUUUCCUGAAUCGGCCAAAGCCAAGUUUGAAAAGGAUAAGCGAAAGUUGCACGUUACAAUGAAAACUGUACAAAUACAAAAACCACUGGAGGCUAUUAUGCGUCAAUUGUCUGAUGACAUUGACGUUUUUGAAAGUGAUGGAGCAAGUGAAGAUUUUCAUGAGGGGCACACGAGACGGCUGGUGGAAGAAAUUAAAGCAAAAGUUUCUGAGGCUGAUGUUGGCUAUGAAAGUACGGAAAGCAAUGAGAACAUCCCGACGGUUAUUAAUGGGAAUAUCGUUGUCAAAAGCAUUUUGAAGGGAUCAAGUAACAAUAUCCGUUGUCGCAGCAAAUCGGAAAGUUGGAUAGACCACAUGGACCAUCUUCAAAAGGAAGAUUUUGCUUUAUCCUUGGAAAGUCUUUCCGAGUCGAAUGAACUCUUAACCCUGAGCGAAUCAUCCGGAAGUCCCAAUGAAAAUAAGAGCGUGCGAUUUAGUGACCGAAUUCAGCAGAAAAUUUAUCGUAGUAAUUCUUCGAUUUUGGGACAACGGAAGAAAAAUCAACGCAAGAACAAGAAUAAACGGAAAAAUCGAGAACGGCACAAUUCUGAAGGUUCUGCUUCAUCAUUUGAUGAAGAUCAUGAACCUUUUCACCAUCAACAAUCAUCAUCCUCCCGUUCUGCCGACGCUGGUGGUGAAUUAUCCUGUGGGUUCAAAAAGAAUAAAAAGCCCUGCAAGUCCAUGUCUUUAGAAUAGCAUGCGAAAAUUUUUACCUGUGAUUAACUAAUUUACCAAAUAUGACUGUGUAUGGAUUAUCCUGACUCUGUCAAUUCGCCGCCGGAUCUUUCAAUUCGUUAUCAUAUGUAUUUAUAGUCAAUAGUCAAGAUAUCCGGUGAUCUUAUAGUAAUCUUAAUACAUAUUCGAUUCGGCGCAGAACAUGUAUGUACCUUUAGAAAAUUUGUCAUGAAUUACAAUAAUUUUGGUAUUAUUAUUAUGCAUUUGUCAACAAACCAAGCAAUUUUGAACGUUUGUACAAACAAGCCGCCCCCCCCCAUCCAUGCAAACUGUAGUAUUGCCCUGAUAUUAGAACCUAGCUAUUUAUGUAGUGUGCUAUGCAAACAAACAAAAUGCUACGAAAUAGCUUAUAAAUUGAGUGUUACAUACAUAAUUUCUAUAAUGAAUAUUUACAAAAAAACAAUUCCUGCGUUAUAAAAACCCACAAACAAUGGUGAGUAAUAAUGUUGCUAAUAAGUAAGCCUAUAUGAAAUAAUUAAACACAUAUUUAGUCGUAGAACGAUGUGUAUGCUACAAUUAUACUGGAAAGCAAAUGUAUUUUACAAAAUUUAUCUUAAUCAAUUAAAAAAGUCCUAUCUGGUCAAAUUGUCGGAUUUUCGCAAUCUCGAAUUAUAUGAAACUGUCGGUCAACUGCUCGCAAAAAAGUUGAUACGAUUUAUCAACAAUUUUAAAAAAUGUACAAUUUGUGGCCGAACGAAAACACGGUAUACAACAGGUAUCUAAAAUUUAGAUUCUAAAUACUAAUAAAUAAAUGAGAGUGAGAAGCUCUAUUUAACCUAUUUAAAUCAGGUGAAAUACUUUCCUGUGAAAUGUAAGCUAAUAUUGGGUACACGGUCUCAAAAAGUACAAUUGAUUCUAUGCAUAAUUAUUAUAAUUAACGUAUUUAUUACAGGUACAUAUUUGUCUUACAUUCAAAAACUAAAUAAAUCGGUUCAAUCAAA